CCCGUGGUGACCCCUGUGACCCCGCGGUGACCUCGCGGUGACCCCGCGGUGACCCCGGGAUGGGCGACAGCGACGACGAGUACGACCGGCGGCGCCGGGACAAAUUCCGGCGGGAGCGCAGCGACUACGAGAGAUCCCGGGAGCGCGAGGAGAGGAGGCGGGACGAGUGGAGUGACCGGGACUGGGAGCGGGGCCGGGAGCGGCGCAGUCGGGAUUACCGGGACUACGAGCGGAGCCGGCGGGAGCGCUUCUCGCCGGCCCGGCACGAGCUGAGCCCGCCCCAGAAACGGCUCCGGAGGGACUGGGAUGACCACGCCGCUGACCCCUACCACGCCGGCUACGAGCUGCCCUACAGCGGGGGGGGAGGGGCCGGCCCCACCUACGGCCCCCCCCAGGCGCCCUGGGGACCCCACGAGGUGCAGCACCCGCUGCUGCAGCACCAGCUGCUGCCCAUCCAGGCCAGGCUGGGCAGCAUCGCGGAGGUGGAGCUGGGCGCGGCGCCGCCGGUGCUCAAGAGCUUCAAGGAGUUCCUGCUGUCGCUGGACGACGCCGUGGACGAGACGGAGGCCGUGAAGCGCUACAACGACUACAAGCUGGACUUCCGGCGCCAGCAGCUGCAGGACUUCUUCCUGGCCCACAAGGACGAGGAGUGGUUUCGCUCCAAGUACCACCCGGACGAGGCGGGGAAGCGGCAGCAGGAGGCUCAGGCGGCGCUGCGGAACCGCCUGAGCGUCUUCCUCUACCUGUGGGAGCACGGCUGGUUCGACAACCUGCUGCUGGACAUCGAGCGCGCGCCGCAGAUCGUCAAAACGCUGGACGCAGGUACGGCACGGCGCCCCGGAAUGCUCGAAAACCUGGGGGCAGGUACCCCAAAGUACCCCAAAAUCAUCAAAAACCUGGGGCAGGUAGCACAGAAUCAUCAAAAACCUGGGGGCAGGUACCCCAAAGUACACCAAAAUCAUCAAAAACCUGGGGGCAGGUACCCCAAAAUCAUCAAAACCUCCCAAAAUCCUCGAAAACCUGGGGGCAGGUACCCCAAGUGCCCCAAAAUCAUCAAAAACCUGGGGCAGGUAGCACAGAAUCAUCAAAACCUUCCGAAAUCCUCAGAAACCUGGAGGCAGGUACACCGGAAUCAUCAAAAACCUGGAGGCAGGUACCCCAAGUUCCCCAAAAUCAUCAAAAACCUGGGGGCAGGUACCCCGAAAUCCUCGAAAACCUGGGGGCAGGUACCCCAAGUUCCCCAGAAUCAUCAAAAACCUGGGGGCAGGUACACCGGAAUCAUCAAAAACCUGGGGGCAGGUACCCCAAAGUACCCCAAAAUCAUCAAAAACCUGGGGGCAGGUACCCCAAAAUCAUCAAAACCUCCCAAAAUCAUCAAAAACUUGGGGGCAGGUAGCACAGAAUCAUCAAAACCUCCCGAAAUCCUCGAAAACCUGGGGGCAGGUACACCGGAAUCAUCAAAAACCUGGGGGCAGGUACCCCAAGUUCCCCAAAAUCAUCAAAAACCUGGGGGCAGGUACCACAGAAUCAUCAGAAACCUGGAGACAGGUACCCCAAAAUCAUCAAAACCUCCCGAAAUCCUCAAAAACCUGGGGGCAGGUACCCCAAAGUACACCAAAAUCAUCAAAAACCUGGAGGCAGGUACACCGGAAUCAUCAAAACCUGGGGGCAGGUACCCCAGGUUCCCCAAAAUCAUCAAAAACCUGGGGCAGGUAGCACAGAAUCAUCAAAACCUGGAGGCAGGUACCCCAAAAUCAUCAAAACCUCCCGAAAUCCUCGAAAACCUGGGGGCAGGUACCCCAAAAUCAUCAAAAACCUGGCGGCAGGCCGAGGGGGCGGAGCCGGGGGCGGAGCCCGCGCCGGGGGCGGGGCCAGAGCAGGAGGAGGCGGGGCCGGACACGGCGCCCAAGGCCGAGGAGGGCGACAAGGAGGGCGGGGCCAAGGCGCGGCCGCGGGCGCUGCACAAAACCUGCUCGCUGUUCAUGAGGAACAUCGCGCCCAACAUCGCGCACGCCGAGAUCGUGGCGGUGAGCAGCCAAAAUUCCACCUGGGAUUGCCAAAAUUCCAUCUGGGAUUGCCAAAAAUCCAUCUGGGAUAGGAGGGGCUGGGUGACCUUCGACCGCAGCGUGAACAUCAAGGAGAUCUGCUGGAGCCUGCAGAACAUCCGCCUGCGGGAGUGCGAGCUGAGCCCCGGCGUGAACCGGGACCUGACGCGGCGCGUGCGGAACGUCUCGGGGCUCACCCAGCACCGCCCGGUCGUGCGGCACGACAUCAAGCUGGCCGCGCGCCUGGUGCAGGCGCUGGACGCCCGCGCCCGCCUCUGGAGCCCCCCGGGCGCCGAGGGCGACGCCGACGCCCAGAACCCGGUGCUGCGGCACAUCACGGAUUACCUGAUCGAGGAGGUCAGCGCCGAGGAGGAGGAGCUGCUGGGACAGGGACAGGGACAGGGACAAGGACAGGGACAAGGACAAGGACAAGGACAAGGACAGGGCGCGGCCCCGGCCGAGGACGGCGCCCGCGAGACCAACCCGGCCGAGGUCACCGUGGAGCGCGACGAGAAGCUGCUCAAGUGUCGGAGUGGCACCACACCUUCACCGCCCGCCUGGCCCCAAUCCCAGUGA